CCAGAAAAAAAAAACACACACAAGCAACAAAUUGCAGAGCACACGCCAUGGAGAAAAGGAGCAACUGCAGAGGAAGAUCUGGGUGGACAAGAGGGAAAUGUAUCGGGAAAGGUUCGUUUGGUUCUGUGAGCGUGGCGGUUGAUAACACCGACGGUCGGGUUUUUGCGGUGAAGUCUGUUUGUCGAGAAACUGGUAUGCCGAAUCAGAUUGAGUCUUUGGAGAACGAAAUUCGGAUUCUCCGCUCGCUCUCCGACUGUCCUUACGUUGUCAACUACGUCGGCGAUGACGUUUCGUACGAGUCUCCGACGACGUCUCACCGGAACCUCCAUAUGGAGUACAUGCCAGGUGGCACCGUCACUGACAUGGCAACUGCUCCAGCGUGCCGAUUCAACGACGUGGACGAGAGGUCGGUGCGGUGGCAGACUCGGUGCGUUGUGUCCGCUUUGAAGUACGUGCACGCCAGAGGAAUUGUACACUGCGACGUAAAAGGAAAGAACAUUCUGGUGGGUCCCAACUCCGCCUCCGUAAAACUCGCCGAUUUCGGUUCCGCCAUGGAAGUCCAGAGCCAAAACAGAGGCACCGGUGUUCCGCGGCCACGGGGGAGCCCGCUUUGGAUGGCACCGGAAGUGAUCCGCGGCGAGUAUCAAGGGCCGGAGAGUGACGUCUGGUCUUUGGGCUGCACGAUCAUCGAAAUGGUCACCGGGAAGCCAGCCUGGGAGGAUCGCGGACUAGACUCGCUGAGUCGAAUCGGGUUCUCGAGCGAGUUACCCGAGAUACCAAUUCAGCUGACGGAACUCGGUCGUGAUUUUGUUGACAAGUGUUUGAAAAGAGAACGGAAUCAAAGGUGGAGCUGCGAUCAGCUGCUGGACCAUCCAUAUAUUGCGUCGGUGACGCCGCCACAUCCAGGAGUGACGGAUUUAUCUCCCCGCUGCGUACUCGAUUUCGUUACUCCAGAUUUCGAAGAAGAUGAAGAAACCAUGGAGGAGGACUGUGAAGUAUCCGCGGCGGAGAGGAUUGGUAAAUUGGAGACAAGCGGAGGGCCGACAUGGGAAUCCGACGGAUGGGUGGCGGUGAGGAGUUCUGCGCCGGAGACGGAGGAGGGUUGUGGGGAAGGGACAAGUUCGGUAUAUUCGGAUUCCAUGAGCAUAACAGGGAGAACACGGCAGACAAAUUCGGGAUUGAGUGGGUGGCAGUGUUGUAAUUAUGAGGAGAUGGAAGGGUUAGAAGAGUCAAAUUACAAGCUUGGGUGCGGUGGGUGGAGCUGUUGUUGGUUUGGGCCGCAAAUGGUUCAGAACCGAGAAAUGUGGUUGGACUGCUGUUCGUGUAAUUUUUUGGUUCGAUGUAAUUUGACAUCCAGAUAUAUAUUAUCGACAUAUUAUAUUACUUUCUAUAUUAAUUUCUUUCAUUCUCAGCCUCAAAUUUGGCUCGAGCCAGUAGGCUUCGAAGUGCUGAACAAUUGAUCGUUAAUAAUUGAUAUUUAAUGAU